AUGAAUUGGAUCGGCCCGGUUCCUAAUUUCAUUACUUUAGACACCGUUUUAAAUGGCUAUGGAGAAGUAGGCAACGGGUUGAAAGCCUUUUCCUUGUUUGAUGAAAUGAUUAGGAUGGGUCACCACCCUAGUCAUUACACAUAUGGGAGUCUACUGAAAGGACUAUGCCAAGGAGGACAUUUCGAAGCGGCAGUAAAAUUCUUGAGUAAACUCCAUUACAUCCCUUGCAGUGUGGAUGUUGUUGUCUACAACACAUUGCUAGCUGAGGCCUGUAAAGCAGGGAAUUUGCAAGUGACAAUAAUCCUUUUGGAUGAGAUAAUCUCCAGUAAUGUGCUCCCUGAUAGGUACACAUAUGCGAAUAGCCAUGAAAGUUUUGAGAAAUAUGGUUAUGGAAGAGUGGGAGAUAUACAAGGAGCAUUCAAACUAAAAGAUGAAAUGGAGGCUCUCGGAAUUGGCUCCCAAAAUGUGGCUGACAGUGCUAUGAUUAGAGGGCUUGUGCAGCAUGGGAAAAUGGAAGAAGCAAUGCUGAUUCUUGAUUGCGUGCUUAGGGUGCAGCUUGUUCCAACUAUCGCCACUUUCACAACUCUGAUGCGUAAGUUCUGCAAAGAAUUUAACCUGACGGAGGCUGUAAAACUAAAAAGUAUAAUGGAGUUUCAUGGUGUAAAUCUUGAUGUUGUUGCUUGCAAUGUUCUCAUUACUGGCCUUUUUGCUAGUGGUGAUAUUGUACAAGCAUUUGAUCUAUAUGAGGAGAUAAAACAAAGGGACCUCUGCCCGAAUACCACCACGUUAAAGAUGCUCUCUUGA